AUGGAGAAGUUUGGAGACAUUAAAAGUAACAUGUUUCUUCUUCAUCAGCAGUUGGAGGCUUUACAGCAAAACAGUCAGCACCUAGAUAAUGACAAUGAAGUAAUUCGUGUAGAGAAUCAAAUAGAGCACUGGCAUCAAAUACAACAUGAAUUUUGGGGCCAAAAAGCAAGAGAUGAAUAUUAUCUUGAAAUGGAUGGAAACACAAAAUACCAUCAUGCUAAUGCAAACAAAAGAAGAACAAGAAACAAUAUUGUGGCUUUAAAAGAUGGAAAUGGAAACUGGUGCACUUCUAGGGAGGAACUAGAAAAUCUAUUAAUUGAUCAUUACAGUUCUCUCCAUACUUCCACUGUGACUGACAGAAAUGAUGAUAUCAUAAGUUGCAUUCCUUCUUUGAUUAAUUCUGCAGACAAUCUGGAGUUAAUGAGAGUCCCAAACAAUAUUGAAAUACAUAGAGCUUUAAAAGACAUGAAGCCUUGGAAAGCACCUGGUCCAGAUGGAUUCCCACCUGGAUUCUUUCAGCAUCAUUGGGAGAUUGUGGGUAAUGAUGUAGUAGAGAUGAUUAUAUCAAAGAGACUGAAGAAAAUUAUGGGAAAAGUAAUAUCUCCACUUCAAGCUGCAUAUGUUCAAGGAAGGAAAAUCACAGAUAACAUCCAUCUUGCUCAGAAGAUUGUUCAUACAAUGAAGAAUAAAAAAGAAGUUAACAAGUAUCUUGCUUUGAAGCUAGACAUGUCUAAAGCCUUUGAUAGGCUUAAAUGGUCCUUCUUAAGAGAUGUUAUGUUGAAGUUAGGAUUCUGUGAAGAAUUUUGUCAUCUAAUUAUGCAAUGUGUCAGCACAACUAAAAUCUCCAUACUUUUGAAUGACGCUACAUGCAAACCGUAUUCUCCCUCAAGAGGUGUAAGGCAAGACGAUUGUCUGCUAUUUAUUAAUGCUGACUUGCACAAUGUGAAUAAUCUUCUCAAGAUAAUUGAAGAUUUUGGAGCAGCGUCUAGUCAUAUGGUAAAUUUUGGUAAAUCAAGUGUGUAUUAUAGUGCAAAUGUACCACAGAGGUUUUGCAGGAUUCUUACUCGAAGACUAAAGGUUCCUAGGAUGAAUUCUAAUGAGAGAUACCUAGGAAUUCCUAUUAUCAUUGGAAAGAACAAGGUUAACUGCUUCACAGGUUUAGUGGAGAGGGUGAAAAAUCGUCUUUUCAACUGGAAUAGUGAAUCCAUGUCACAAUGCAGCAAAUCACUUACGAUAAGGAUUGUCACUAAUACAAUACCAGCCUAUACUAUGGGAUGUUUACAAAUUCCUUCUGAAAUUAUCAAACAAAUUGAUAAUCUGCAGCGAAAAUUUUAG